CCAAUCUUCCCCCUUCUCUCUCUCUCAAACUCAAAAAUCAAUUCCAACAUUCUCUUGUUCUUCAUUAACAUUUCUCUCUCUCUCGCUUGCAAAACAACCAAACCAAACCACAAAAAAAAAAAAAAAAAAGCGAUGUCUUUUCUUACAGAAACCUCAGUUUCGGCUUCUUCUUCUUCAACAAUAACAGAACGACUAAAACUCAGAAAACAACCCAGAAACCAAAUCAACAUGACAGAAACUGAUGUUACUGAUCCAAACCCAGUGCCAGAAAUCCCAUCUAUAAUCCAAUCCACUCGUUCUAAAUCCAGCAUUUCCUCUCUUUUGCUCUCCACUUUCUCCUCCACCAACAAUGAAACAAAAACAAGAAGCUUACAACCUUCAACAAACACAAAAAAGAAAGGAAACCCUUUUAGCCAGUGCACUCUCAGAGGACUUGGCUGCACCGCCUCUGCAUCACAGCAGGUGUCGGUGCGUGCCAUAAUACGUGCAUCAGCUGAUUGGGAAGCUAACAAAGUGAACAAGAAAAAGAAAACAAAGCAGCAGGAACAAGAAAACAAGAAAAAGAAGAAAAGUAGUAAACUUGUUGGUAAUGAGAAUAAUAAUAGUACUAAGGUGCAUCAUCAGCAAGGUGAGGUUUUGAAUGAAGGGAGUGGUUAUAACAAAAGUUGUGGGCUAAUUCAGGAUGUUUGGUGUGGACCUGGAAUUGGGUUUUCAGCUGAUGCUGUUGGCUCUGUGGAUUGUGUUGUGGGAAGGAGAAAUGUGCCUGCUAGAGGGAAGAUUGAUGUUGAAAAGAUCAACCACAGGGAGCCUUCUUGUUCAGCAAGGCGGCCUGUAAAUCCCGAAUCUCUUUUUCUUGAUUCUGAUUCUGACUAUAGUUCAACACCUCCUGAACCUGAUUUCUUUGGAGCUAGAUACUGCCACCAUGUUCGCCUUCCUUCUCUAGAGGGGCUUGCUGAGAUAAUGAUGCUACAGAACGACUUGCUAAAGGGGGGAAGAUUAGAUUCACGUGAUCGAUUUAGUGACUGGAGGCUUGAUAUUGACAACAUGUCAUAUGAGCAAUUGCUGGAACUUGGUGAUAAAAUUGGUUAUGUCAACACCGGAUUGAAAGAAGAUGAGAUAAGCAGAUGCCUCAGAAAAAUUAAGGGCUCAAUUACGAAUGAUGAUUUAACACCAAACUUACCUGUGCAUGUGGAUAAGAAGUGCAGCAUCUGUCAGGAGGAAUAUGAAGCAGAUGAAGAGAUGGGGAAACUAUAUUGUGGACACAGCUUUCACAUUCAAUGUAUAAAGCAGUGGCUUAUGCAGAAAAAUAUUUGCCCUGUUUGUAAGACUGACGCUGCACCUCGAUGCUAAGAGCCAUGGAUUCAAUUUAAACCCUUUUAUUGGAGUAUAGAUUUUGCUCCAGAUUCAAAAGCAAAGAUCUUUUUUGUCUAAGGGUUAAAAAAGUAUAUGAAUUAUAAUUAAAAAAUCGUCUAAAUUUUUUUUUUUUUACAAUCAAUCAACUUUAUC